AUGAAUACAUAUCAAAAGAACCUCAAAAGCAACCCCCUAGGCCAGUGGUGCAACGUCCCCAGGUGCGAUGGACAGCCUCCACAGGAUUUUUACAAAGCCAAUUUUGGUGCAGCUCUCUUUGAUAGCAGUAACAUGGCAGGUAUAGGAGUGGUGAUUAGAGACUAUAAUGGAAAUGUUAUUGGUGCUGUGAGUCAGAAAAUAGCUUUGCCACAAUCCAUAGAACAUGCAGAGGCACUUGCAGCAUCUCGGGCUGUGGCUUUUGCAAAGGAACUCAGCUUAUUCGAAGUAAUAUUUGAGGGAGAUUGUUUACGGAUAAUAAAAGCUAUUAACACCAAGGAGCCUUGUCAUACCCUGUUUGGCCAUAUCAUUGAGGAAAUAUGGAGUUUGAGUUCCUCUUUAAGGACGUAUAGCUUCCAACAUGUAAGAAGAGAGGGCAACAAUUUGGCACACGCCUUAGCUAGACAAGCAGUUGUAUUUGCAGAUACUGAUGUAUGGGUAGAAGGACUACCCUUGGAUUUGGAUGAUGUAUUCAAUCUUGAUUUAGUUUAA